AACUUGAAAAUCUAAUAUGGCGUUUAUUGCAGAAGCAGCUGCUUACGUUAUUUGAAAAUACGACUCUCCGUGACUGGUGCGAUCGGCCGAAAGGUGGUGAAGACCAUACGCUUACGCUAAGCUACUGAUUUACUCGGGCCCCUCGUGUCGUAAUCUCAGCAAUCAUCAUCGUCAUGACGGAUCGAACUGAACUGAGGAUGAACGUGGCUGCGUUAAAACGAGUCGACCCUUACGUCAAGGAUAUCCUGGAGACCGCGACCCAUGUCGCUCUAUAUACAUUCAACGGAGACGAGAACGAAUGGGAAAAGACCGACAUCGAGGGCGCUCUAUUUCUCUAUUCAAGAAACGGCGAGCCAUACAACAGUAUUCUCAUAAUGAACAGAUUAAACACGAACAAUCUAGUAGAACCAGUCGCUCCAGGUUUGGAUUUGCAACUGCAGGAACCAUUUCUGCUAUAUAGAAAUUCCAGAUGCAACAUCUAUGGUAUUUGGUUUUAUGAAAAAGAGGAGUGCAUUCGUAUUGCAAGCAUGUUGAACAAACUUUUGAAGGAAUGCGAAGAAAGUCGCAAGAUCAAUAGCAAGCCGCAAAAUAAAAAUAAGAAAAUCUUAGGACCUAAUGUAAACAACGUGGAUAUAUUCAGUAUGCUCAGCAAGGCGCAAGAAGACUUUAACACAAGCAGAGUCGGUGGGGGUGAGGGAGGUGGCGGUGGCGAUAGCGGUAACGCGAUAAUCGGAUCGAAGUCUCCGUUGGUUACACCAACGACCGACAAUAUUUCUGGUUCGUUAUCCGCUCCCUUAGGACCUGACGUCACUUCGCAAAGUGUAAUGGAUUUCUUUGCUAAGGCUAAGGUGAACACUGGGCAAUUUAAGCCAGGCGAUCAACCUACUUCGGGAGCGACUGUUGUAGUCGAGUCGACUAAACCUCUACUCGCGCGUUUAAUGUCCUAUCCCGCGGCGCACACUUUAGAACAUAUUGAGAAACAUAUCGAGAAACAGAGAUCUAUAACGCCGCAGCCCACUACUCAUCAGUCGCAACCGACGAUGAUUUCUGCGGCGAACAGAUCUAAAAGGCGGAACAAACCGACUUCCCAACAAGAGUCCGUAAUGUCCACGUCGGCGCCGAUCUCGCAAGAUCUACCGCUACCUGUAACUCAGAGCGUUAACGACUCGAACGGAACAACUGGAUUCCUCAGGAUACAAUCCCCAACCAAUACACCAACGUCGUCUACUUUAAGAAAUCAUCAAGCUUCAAACAUCACCAAUACCAGCAAUGCUAAUCCGCUUGCGUCAUUAUUUGCUCACGCCUCCGGAAGCACAUUAUCGGACGACAUUAUUCCGGCAGCGCCAACGUUGUCAGGAAGAGGAUCGGCGCCAGCGUUAAUACCUCCCGUAAUGUUUGCUGCUCCCAGUCCACCCGAGCCUUUAAGCAGACCAUUAGAACCGUUGACGAGAAAUCAGCUUUUACAAGCGUUCAAUUAUCUCUUAAAAAGUGAUCCGGAUUUUAUCAACAAACUUCACGAGGCCUAUGUCAAAUCAUUCGGAGAGAUACUUUCCUAAAACGAUAACAUUUAUUAUUGUAAUAUUAUUCCGGAAAAACCCAUGUUAUGUGGGUUGUGACUGAUAAACAAUUAAACUAAAUCUCGAUAUUUCUAUGUUACAUGUGCAUGUACAUACAUAUAUAGACGACAAGACGCGUAAUUUCACGCUGGAAAUUUAACUUGACUUGAGAUGAUGAAAAGCGCUUCUUUUAAAGGAAAGGAACAUUUCUUUUCUGGCCGAGGAUUAGAAAACAAAUACAGGAAUAGAAAGCGAUACAGUAUAAUACCCUGAACAGUAUUUUUAUAAAGCAAUGCACCUUUUUUGGAACAGAGUAAAAAAACAAUGUGAUCCGUGAAACGAAACAUGUAAUGAGUGAGAAGUUUGUGCAACAAAUUGAAUGAUAUAUACGAGAAAAGUAAUGAACAUUUUUUAGACUGUGAUGCCAAAACGUUUAUAUUACAUGCGCGUCUUUUAUGAGAUUAAAAUCGCACGAUAUCAUAUUCUGAGUUGGUCAAACGGAACACUUAUUUUAUAGAGUAAUGACGUAUCCUUCCUCUAUAUAUACCGGAUACCAAUAUGGUAUGUAUAUGUUAUCAAUGAAAAGGAACAAAUAAAUAGAGACAAAACAUGAUACAUCGAGAAGACGCUUAAAAAUACACUUUACUUUGAUUUUUUUUUCUUCGCUUCUCACACGUAACACAAUGUAAAACAAAAUUUAGACAGAUCUCUACAUAUAUUUAUUUAGUCAUCAUUACGUCGUGUACUAUAUAUCACAAUAUAGUGCUUAUACGGAAUACGCUUAAAAUCAUAUAGUUAAGUUCCUAAAAAGUAUGCUCUCUUUCACAAAUUUAAUGGUUUUGACUGAAGUCGCAACGGCACAACAAAAUUAUGUCAAUUAUUGUACAAAUUUAUUUCCCGUUACGAGAUAAUUUGUGAAAUGUAGUCUUUCCUCUUACUUUACUCGAGGGCUACUAUUUUGUAAAUAAAAAUUAUGUAUAAUAAUUGUUUACAUAGGGAACAAGAAUUCACGAUGAUUGCAACGUUAACAGAUCGCGCUCACGCGAGUUACAUCGUAAUUCGAGCAACAUCGUCAAAUUCAAUAUGAUAAAAAAUACAUAUAUAGGUACAUAUAUCUAUAUUUACAAUCUUACAACGACACAGAAACUGUAUGCACUGUAUUGUCGCGUAAUGUCAUGUUUAGAGGGUGUCAAAGUCUCGACUCCUCGUUCUCACUCUUAGAUCUCACGCCGCCGCGACGACGUUUCGAGGAAAUGCAACAAGUAAAAUACGUACUAAUCGUUACGAUAUAAUUUACAAUAGUUGCUUUCUUCGUAAAAUUCACAGCCAAGUGGGGCCUCCGACGGCCCGCUAGCUUUCUAGAUAGCCUUAUGGCUGGACUCUUUUAGUAUAUGACUCCGGCGCAUCUCUAUAAAAUCUCGCAGAAACCUGCAUACUUGUGUAU